UCCAAUAGCGUCGGCAAUGUUCGGGCACCUACGAACCCACUCGAGAUUACUAUAGUAACCAUGUAUAUUAAUAUCGGAGGAUUCCUGAAAUGGGGAAACAACAAUUAUUUCAGUCCUGCAACUUACAAGAAAUGGAUGACAACCUGGGGUUGGCUCACCAACAGAGUGAUUGCCUUCUUCGACAACGUUGAAGACCUGGAGACAUUCAGGCAAAUAAGAUCUGUACAUCCAGCCGACAGAACUGUGUUAAUAAAACUUAAGAGACAAGAAAUACCAGCUUUCAACCAACUGGAAAGGAUUAGGACUAUAUAUCAGAACAGUUCAUACCCGAAACAUACGCCGAACACAGUGUUUGCUGAGUAUUCGUGCGCUAUGAAUGCCAAAUAUGACGUCCUACAAAUGGCAGUCCAGAGAGGCCUUGUACACACCGAGUACAUGGCAUGGCUGGAUAUAGGCUUGUUCAGAAAUCUCCUAGAGUCCAAACUCCGCCCAAAAAAUGACCGCUUCGCCUUGGAAGUCCCUAAGAACUUCAACUCCAGCACUGUUGGUAUGUCGGCUGUGGCGUCCAGGAGAGACGUGUCAAAUCUUAGCCCUUGGGAGUACAUCAGGGAGAAUUGGAUCUGGGUUAGUGGAGCCUUCGUGCUGGCAACUAGAGAGGUAAUGAUGAAGUUUGCUCAGUCCUACACCUUGAUGGCCAAUGAACUAAUAGACAAGGGCAUGUCCAGUACUGACCAGCAAGUUAUUGGGGCCAUGUACUCCCCGGAAUACAUCAAGCGCCAACAAGUGGACAUCGUGGCUCAAGAGUGCUAUGAAGGACAGUUUGGUCUCUACGGGUUAGAUGUCAUAUACUUCUGUUUAGGGCACGUCUGCAAAGAGGCAGCAGAGAAACGGGAAAACGAAAACAUAAAAUAG